AAGGCGGCAACUGUACUACUGACAAGAAGCCAGCAGUUAAGAGCGCCAGUGUCAAUAUAGCCACGAACCUGGUCUAAAAACUGGCCCAACUAACGCAAUUGCCAAGUUGACACAGCCGCCGCCAUAGCAAGUCAACAACGCGAAUUCGAACAUAGCAUUCGAAAAGGGCGUGUGUACACUUGCGAGAGCGCCAGCACCUUACUUCUCGUGCAGUCGAAAACGUACAACUAAUAGCUCUUUACCAAGCGCUCAAUAAACGCCUUGAAUAUUGACUACUUACUAGCUUCAGCACAGCACUGCUUGGACGCCAAAGUUGUUGGCGCUUGACAUUCGGUGUACGCAGUUCGUAUUGUACGGUAUACUAAGCGCAUAAACUAAGUCAUAACGGUUGUAAAGAGCAGUAUUGAUGAGUGUUGCAUUGGCUUGGAGAAAAUUUGUAAAUAAACAUAACUCGUGAAGGAGUUUAUUUUCGAACGAAAAACAAAAACUAACGCGUGAAACACAAACACACAACCGAAAACGCUGACGUAGUCAAAAUAAAAGUGCGCGCGCGGUGGUGUUGUAUAUUUUUUUUUAACAAAAAAAUAAAUUUAUAGUGAAAAAUAUUUUUCUGUAAAAAAUUAUUAUAACAAGUUUUAGAAAAUAACGCUAAGUGCACUGUUUAAAGUUUAUUUCAAAUUCGGUGUUAAACAGCCAGUACAUACUAAAUUUUGUUGACUAACCAGUACAACAACUAGCAGUCACGCUAAUUAUAGCGCACUUGUACAAGCAUAACAACAACAUAAAACACACACCCAUUGUGUUCAAGCCGUACUCACAACGAAAAUUUUCUAAAAAAAAAAAAUUUCGGUUUCAAGUUGCUUUGUGACACAGAAAAGCAUUCAAUUAUAACGAAAAAUCCCUAAAAAAAACAAAAACAAACGCUGUCAAAAUGAGCUAUCUGCGUUCAAUAGAAAUCUCACGCGUAGAGAUGACGCCGGCGGAAGACUCCACCUACACGACAAGUAGCGGUUCGAAGCGUGCGAGCUAUUCGUUAAUGGGCAUCAAGUUGCUUGAACUGGCGCUGGUCAUCACUUGCAUCGGACUCAUCGAUGAGCCAUCCACACACUCACAUCUGCGCAUUUUCAUAACGCCGCGCGUUGUCGCCCUCUGCUAUGUAACCUUUGGCAGCCUCAUCAUUUAUACUUCAAUUUACUUAAUUAUGGCAUUGUUCGGCGAUGUUACAUCUUGGCGCACAUCCACGCUGUGGUCCAUCAUUGGCUUCAUACUGCUCGUUGCUGUGACGGCGCUACUCUUCCGCGAUUGGUCCACCACAAAAGAGCGCAAUUAUUGGCAUCCGAAUAUGCAACGUCUUGACCUAGUGUUGGCCGCUGCUGCGGUCUCAUUGGUAACGACACUUAUUUAUUUGGUGGAUUUGUUGGCUACAAUACGUUUUGGGGUUAGUGGUGAACUGGAAUAAACGAUUUAUGAUCAGCGACUAUCGAGAGUACACCUGCGUUAGAGGAAUCAUCGACGUCUUCUGGCUAAGAACCAACACGAAUGCUGUAACAUUUACAGAAAAUCGCUGCAAAUUUGUUUAUAAUACUUUUUAUUAAUAAUUUUUACAAAAAUAAUCGCAAUAUUAUAAUUUUCAAUGCAUAGAAUUAAGCUCAAAUUAACAAUUCGUUGGUGUUUAUAUACUUAUAAAUAGAAACAUAAAUAUAAAGCUAAGCGCAAUCGAAUAUUUAAUAUGCCAUGAGAAAUUCGCAUUUCUUUGAAUGUACAAAAACACAAUUAAAAUAUUUAAUAUUGAAUAAGAGCGUAAAUUGUUGACGAGACACAGUUUUGUUCAAAACGAUUUUCUUACAAACUAACUGUAAAAGUUGAAUAUAUAAUUUUUUAAUAAAACAAUAAUUAUACAUAACCAA